GCUGCUAAAGCUCCCCUCAGAAGCAAAAUGGCCGACAGUAAACUAACCGAUCCUACAGCGUCUGACAGUCAUCAAGGGUUUAUGCAUGUUUUGUUUACAGCUUGAGAACUACAGUCGCUCAGAAAAGGAUUUUCGCCUUUUUUUCCUUUUUUACAGUUUAGAUUUGGCCUACUUGCGAUGUUAUUUCACAUUCAAUUUAGCCUUGGAAGCCUCGAAGAACUAGCUUGUUAGGCUAGCUUCUUUGCUAGCCUGCUAGCGGUGGGUCUGCAAGAAUUUUUGCACAGCUGCACUUUAUGUCCUGUGUGAUUAUCGAGACUAGAGAAUCAAGAAGGGGAACAGUAGUUCAUGGAAGACAAGAAAAAGAAGAAAGAAGAGAAGAAGAAAAGGGAAACUUCUCAGAAGGUGCCAGAACAGAAAAUCAAAGUGCCAGAAUCAGCCAAGCCCUCCUGUUCCCAGCCCCUCUCCACCCCAGGUUCAGUGUCCCCCAGCCCUGGCCCCGUCUCCCCUUCCUCCCCGAGUCCUGGUCCGGGCGGGGUUUCUGCCCAGGUUCCUCCCGGUGGCGGGAACAAUGCAAAGCAGCGGACUGCUGUGGCCAACGGACAGCCCUCCUCCUCUUCCUCCUCCUCUUCUUCUCCAUCUGGAAGUCAGACUUCCCAGCAGCAGCAGCGGUACAUGUCCAGAGAGGUCCCACCGAGAUUCCGCUGCCAGCAGGACCACAAAGUGCUACUGAAGAGGGGUCAGCCUCCGCUGUCCUCCAUGCUGCUAGGCGGAGGAGUGGAGGGGGCUGCAGGAGGAGGAGGUGGUGGCUGGGCUCCCUCUGCAUCCCCACUGGGCGCAGAUAACAACAAUACAAAUGCAUCUGGACAUGCAGAUUCCAACAUGACUUCAUCCUCCCCUUUACAACCCAAGUCGUCAUCUUUGUGCGUCGCUGCUUUGUCGUCUUCUACUACUUCAACUUAUGCAAAUUCCACAUGGGGGGCGGGCCCUGGCAGCCAGUCCUCUUCUCAGGGCUGCGAGAGGGUGAUUGUGGAUGGGACUGACCUGGAGGACUGGCCCGCCAUCACAGGCGGGGCCAAACCGAGUUCUGACGGGGCUGCGGGGAGGACGCAGGAGCAGGACUGUCCCAGUAACAACAAUAGUGCCUCGUGGGGUGAGAGAAGCAUCCAGCAAAAGGGAGGAGUGAUAGGAGAAGGAGGAGCAGGGAACACAGACAAUCCCUCCCCACCUCGUUCUUCUCCUCUUUCCUCUUCUUCCUCUCUUAAUGAAUGUGCACAGUCGAGCGUGGGUGCGUGGGGCUCCUCCACCUCAUCCCAGGUGGAGGCUGGGCCAGGAUCAGCAGAGUUUUACAGUUCCAAAGUCUCCCAUCUUCUUUCUGGGUCUCAGGAAGGUCCAGUAAGUGGCAGCAACAACAGCGGUGUCACUGGUGCCAACUUCAACCCCAGUGUGAACCCGUCCGCUUGGCCCGCCCUGGGACAGAGUGGAACAACCACUUCAAACAGUGACAGCCUUCCGCUCCACUCGCCCAUUACUUCAGCUUCCUCAUUCUCUGCCAGCACCACCCUCAUCACCACUCAAACACUUUCAUCUGUGAAUCAAACUGGUCUCUACCAGCAGCACACUGACACAGCUGUGGGAGCCAAAAGUGAAGAACAGCAGCAGCACUUACAGAACCCAGGAUCCGAACUGGGUUCAGGAGGGGGAUCAAGAGAAGCAGGACCAAAUCAAGAAGGCGACAAUGAGGAAAGCUCUGGAGUUGUUAAGGGUGUAGAAGGAAGUGAUGAUCUUUCUGGUUCUUUGUCUUCCUCCUCUGUUGCCUCUUCUCGGAGAUCCAUGCCUCCUCUGUCCUCUGAACCAACUUUAUGUGCCUCACAGGCAGAUUUGUGGGGUGGAGGAGGUACUGUGACUCAAGGGCAGGAAGGGACUGUUUGGGGUUUUGGUAGUCAGGACGACAGAACGGGGUGGGGUAGGGGGAGUGGUGGGGACUCGGCAGCUCCAGCGGUAUCUCAGGAAGCGUGGGAAGGAGGCGGUUCGAAAGCAGAUUGGGUUGGCUCUGCCGAAAAUUCAAGUAAUUUAGCAAUAGGAAAUCAAAAAGGAGUAGAUGUUAGCAGCAGUAGUGCUGGAAAUGUAGGUGCUGGUGGCAGCAGUUCGGAGGACUCUGCCUCACCAAAGUUUGCUACUAUGACAAAAGCUUGGGACAAUCAGAAAGGGACGGAAAGUGAGGAUGUUGCUGUUGGGGAUUGGGUUGCAGGAGAGGUGCAGGGUGGAGUCACUGGAGGCGGAGGGCCCUCCUCCUCCAGUGGAGGUGGAUCCAUUGCUGGAAGCGGAGGUGAGGGGAGCGGUGGUGAACAGAAGCAGGAUAGGUCCUCUUCUGCACAACUCCGCUCCACGACUCAGACGUCCGGUGCUGAAGUGGCCUUACUGAGCAUGCUCAACCGGUCUGAUCUGGACCCCAAGGUUCUGUCUAACACUGGGUGGGGGCAGACCCAGAUCCGACAGAAUGUGGCCUGGGACCUGGACAGCAAAACAGGAGGAGGGAACAGAAGUGAAGGAAACCCUUCUUCUGCAUUCCCACCUGCCAGCAUGAACACUACAGCCAGUCGUAGUCCUCGGUACCUGCCCAACACGGGUUCAGUACCGGGUGAUUCAUCUGUAGGCAGUCACUCAAGUGGCCAAAAUUCUGCUUCCUCUACUGUUGAAGAUGGGGGUUCUUUUAUGCCUAGCAGUGCUAUGAAGCCAGGCUCGUCAGAUGACGAUAUGGAGAGCAGCACAGUUAGUGGAUGGAGCAAGGCUCCACCUGAAAACCAGGCCAAAAGAUGGAGGAGCGAAGAACAGCAGUGGGGCGAUCGCAGAGGAGGGGGAAACAACUGGAGGGACCUGGAAGAACAGGCUAGUGGGUGGGGAGAUGGCCCAGAGAGUAAAGGUACAGGGGGUUGGAAGGGUUCUGCAAAACCUGAAGCAGGGGGUUGGGGGGAGGAGUGGGGGCAGAGAGACUCUGCUACUGGGGGUGGGUGGGGAGAUAGACGCAGCAAAGGUGGAAGCAAAUCUGAUGAUGGACCAUCUUGGGGGGGCGUGGAUGAAGGCAGAUCUCAGCGAGGAGGGUCAAGUCUGGAUGAGGGCGUGUCUCACCAGGAUUGGGGGAGUACCAAGCCCCUCGCCGCACAGAUACCAAACAGCCAAGUCGCGCCAAUGAAAGCCCCAAAUCAGCAACAGCAGCAACCACACGGCCAGCGAGCGAUGGGAGGACCCAUGCAAGGAGGGUGGAGCAGCCGCUCAGGCGGAGGAACUGAAGGUCCACCCUCCAAGGGUCAGAACCAAAGUUUGGGCUGGAAAUCUGGCCCCAUCCCCCAAAUUUCUGGUGGUGAUACACUGGAGCCCAGUGGCUGGGAAGAGCCCUCCCCUCAGUCCAUCAGUCGCAAAAUGGAAAUAGAUGAUGGCACGUCAGCAUGGGGAGACCCGACCCGCUACAACAACAAGAACGUCAACUUGUGGGACAAGAACAACCCUGCCCCCGGUCAAAGUCACAGUCAGCACGCCCCUCCACCACCCAUGCAGCAGCCACCCCUUAGAAGACAACCGGGGAUGCAGCACAGCACCAACAAAAAUGCUGGCUGUGGUGCAGCUGGCCCAGGGAUGUGGGGAGGAGGAGGCGGCCCACAAACUGUGGAUGACGGCACAGCUGCUUGGGGCAAAGUGGCAGAUGCAAGUUCAGGUUGGGGAGAACCAGAUGAAGCCGGCAAAACAUCUGGCUGGAGGAACCCUUCACCCAACCCUGGAAAACCUGAACAAUUUCCAAAAGAAAGCAGGAGUCAACGAGAAGCAACUUCUCACCAAUCAUCUGUUUGCGCUGCAGGAGGGAAGUCUGUUGAAGGUUGGGGAGGAAAAGGGGACAGCUCCAUCUCUGCCUCCAGACACCCCAGCUGGGAGGAGGACGAUGAUGGCGGUGGAGUGUGGAACAGCACCGGCUCCCAGGGGAGCGGCUCCUCCUUCAGCUGUGGUGGGUGGGGUCCGACUCACGGAGGAAAGAGAGGCAGCAUGAAGAGUGGAGGAGGAGACAGCUGGGUGAAUUCGGUGUCACGCCAAUUCUCAAAUAUGGGCCUUCUGGGUGAUGAUUCCAGUGUUGACAAAAAGAUGGAAGCAGACAAGAGAGGAAUGAGCGACUAUAAUGGAGAGAUGCGCAGAGGAGGACGAGGUGGAGGCUACCGCAUGUCUGGCUCUAAAGACAUGGGUUCUAUGGACAUGGGAGCAUAUGGUGACAAGGUGGGGGGCCACGGAGUGUUUGCUCCCAGCGGAGGAGGAAUGCCUCCACCUCGAGGGAUGCACCAGCCCAGCAUCCAUGCGAUGAACCCGUCCCAGGGAUUACGUGCUCAAGUGCCUCAUCAGUUCUUGUCGGCUCAGGUUCCUGGUCCAAUGCUAAAGCAGAUGCCCUCUCCUGGUGGCAGUGUGGGUGGAGUUGUUGGAGGAGUCGGCGGUGUCGGCACAGGGGUCGGCGGUGUUGGUGGAGGAGUGUUCCCUCCUCAGAUUUCACCACAGCAGCUAGCAAUGCUUGGAAACAUAUAUCCCCACAUGCAGCAGUUCCAUCUGGCCUGCCAGCUUUUGCUACAACAGCAGCAGCAGCAGCAGCAGCAGCAACAACAACAACAGCAGCAGCAGCAGCUUCUGCAGAACCAGAGGAAGUUUCCUCCGCCUCUCAGACAGCAGCCAGACCCACAGCAGCUUGCAAGGAUUAUGGCUAUUCUGCAACAGCAGAGGCAGCAGCAGGGUGGAGUUGGUGGGGCAGCGCAGGGAGGGGGGGGCUCCAAACUGUCCCCAUCUCACCUGGGUGGAGGACUGUCCAAACAGGCCAUGGUAGACCCCCUGACACAUCCGGGCUUGGGGGGACCGUUAUCAGAUCCUUAUGCCAAAUCACAAGGCAUGUAUCCUGGUCUGGCACCUGGCAGCAACCUGUCAGCACUGGAGCUGAGUCCCAUGAUGGGGGGGAUGAAGGACAUGGGGGGACAGCAGUCUCGCUUUAAAUGGAUGAUGGAGGAACACUCUCCAGCUCCCUCUCCCCCAGACCCAACCCCUCACAAGAAUGGCCCUUUGCCCAGCUCCAUAAAGGUCAGAGGAGGGUCCCCCUUCUCCCAGUAUGAAAUGCUGGGCAGCGAAGGUGUGGGAAUUCCCCCUCAGGGUUCUGCAGACAACUGGCACCGCACUCCUGGGAGCAAAAUGGGAAACAAACCUGCCACUUCAAGCUGGCCACCAGAGUUCCAGCCUGGUGUGCCCUGGAAGGGAAUCCAAAGCAGUGGAGACCCAGAAUCUGAUCCCUACAUGACCCCUAGAAGUGUUCUAGGCUCUCCAGGAUCCCCAAACCUUAAUGACCCUGACCACCAGUUGCUGCGAGACAACAUAGGGCCAAACCCCCCCCUCAACACCUCGCUGCCUUCACCUGGUGCCUGGCCCUACAGUGCCUCUGAAAGCUCCCUGAGCAAUGCACACAGCGCAGGAAAGUACUCUGAGUACAAGCCCAGCUGGCCUCCAGAGCCCAUCGGACAAAAUAAAUUAUGGAAGACUAAUCGCAACAGCUCGCAGCUGCCACGCCCUCCUCCUGGCCUUACCAAUCAGAAACAGACCUCACCCUCUCCGUGGGGAACUGGAGUUCCUCGGUUGGCCAGGAGCUGGGGAGGGGGCGGGAUCAAUCAAGAGUCAAGAUUUGGGCCAGGCGCAGCUUGGAGUGAUGGUACUUCCUCUAGAAGCAGCUGCUGGUUACUGCUGAGCAACCUGACUCCUCAAAUCGACGGCUCAACAUUGCGGACGAUCUGUAUGCAGCAUGGCCCCUUGCUCACCUUCCACCUGGGCCUCACGCAGGGCAGCGCUCUGAUUCGUUACAGCACCAGGCAGGAAGCGGAGAAGGCCCAGGGUGCACUGCACAUGUGUGUUCUGGGCAACACCACAAUCCUGGCAGAGUUUGUGAGUGAAGAAGAAGUUGCGCACUAUUUUGCACAUUCCCAGGCUGGAGGGGCAGAAGGGGCCAGCUCAGGUGGAGCAGCAGGCAGUGGGGCACCUGGUUCUGCUGGAACAGGCACAACUGUGGCCAGCAGUGGCGGAAGCUCCCCUGGGAGUGAACGGGCAGCCGUGGGCACGUCUUCUGGAGGAAAUGGGAAUGGGGGUGGGGGAGACGAAGGUGGCACUUCCGUUCUUGGUGGCGUGAGGUCCUCCGGCACUGGCUGGCAGAGCCUCGAUGGUACCGGCCCUUCUUCUGAAACCCCUGCAGCUCAAGGGCCUGGACUGGGAAUAUUUUCUCAGUGGAGCACCAACGGAGCUGGAGAGGGGGCAGUUGUUGGAGUGGACACUGGGAGGUCUGGCCUAUGGGGGGGCAUGACCGCAGGAUACCCAAGCAGCAGCCUGUGGGGGGCACCACAAAUGGAGGAAAGGCACCAAAUGGACAGCCCUGCUGGAUUGUUGCCUGGCAACUUGUUGGGGGGAGGAGCUGAUUCCAUAUGAUGAGCCCUCUGUUUGUGGGUUUGGACACACAUAUGGUAUACACUGGGAUAAAUAUGUACUUAAUAUGGCACACACACCCUUACAUGGUAUGCAUAUUAAUGUACUACAUACAUAAACCUGCAUACGUAAAAGUAGUAUGCAUAGUACAUAAUGCAGAAAUGUGAGACUUGCUUACACAUUCUCAUGGCCAGACUUAAGCUAUUAUUAAGAAUAAAUAAAUGCAGGGACUGUUAGACGUGUAUACAGCCUUUUUCCACAGAUGAAGAUUUCAACUGCUUAGACUUGAAACCUAAAAAAGAAUGAAAAGUCGGUCUCAAAGACUUGACUGGAUUGCAGUGUGCUUAGUAAAUAGGGGGCUUUGUAACUGAUUUACAUAGACAUGCACACACCAAAUACAGAGAAGCCUUCAGACAGACAGACAGGCACUGUAAACAGCAUUACCUUCAUCGUAAAAUAAUUUCAAACUCUGUGAUGUGAGGUCUAAAGUGCAGUUUGUAUUCACAUCCCCUUAAAGAUGGAGAGCGAAUUCAGACACAUGCAAACAGCUCUGGUUGACAGCAGAACUGUAUCUAACUGUGUAUGUUGGUUUUUUGUUUGUUUUUUUGGUUUUCUGUUUGUAUGAUUUUUACUUUUUGAACAGUACAAACAUUGAAAAAUGUCAUUGUUCUGUUUUCAAGAUGCUGACCUCCUACUGUUGUAUUUCACGCACUCUUUCUCUGUUGUUCUCUCUUGAACAUGUUUGUUACUGUUGCAGUGAUAUUUGUUAAAUUGCUGGCAGUUUCAGGCUAAAUGCAUUUCUCCAUGUGUCGAUACUGUGUGCAGUAUCAUGCACACUAUACGAGUAUGAGUGAGACUGAGACCAAGUAAGUGGAUUAAACCACCGCAUUUGUUGUGCGUACGUGUGUGUGCAAGUGUGAGGACGGUGUGUGUGCAUGUUAAUGCCUGUCAUAAUGUGGGCAAGGCUGCUUACUAUACAUAAGGUCUAUACAAAAUAUUUUGAGUGCAUUUGGUAUACUGCUGACUGUGUGUUCGGAAAUAUUGGCACUAAUGCUUUUUUUCUUCUCAUUUGAAGUUUUGUUUUUUAAGGAGAUGUCUUUUUUUUUUAUUGUCUGACCUGCAAUAAUAAAAAAAAACAUUUUAAUGACACAAAGAGCUGAAGGUAUAUGCGUUUUAGAAAAUGGACAUGCCAAAUCUUAACUGUGUGGAGUGGGAGGAAUGGGUGGGGGGUUCGUUUACAGAGUAAGCGUUACGUACGUUUUUAAUGUUCUGUUGUUGUGUAUUCAUUUUAAAUUAAGACAGGCUUUAACACUCCUGUUCAGUGUUUCGUUUUGAGAUUUUACAAAGGAAAAAUUUAUUUAAACAUUGAGAACAAGAUUAAUAAAGAAGAAAGUUUUGGCUUCUAA